GUCUCUCUCUCUCAUGGGGGGAGUGGCACGGCCAUGAAUAGCUUCUGUCUCCUCACCCAGUAGCGCACACAUGAGAGAAACAUACCAGAGGAGUGGAAAAAGAAAAUAAAGUGUUGGAAACUGUCCUGCCGUGCGGAUUAACAUAAACACAGAGCAGAAACCAACGUGAAAGAUGAGACGAGAAGAUCCGUUUGGAAAACUAAAUGGAAACGUUUGAAAGAGAGAGAGAGAAAACAUUUGAAAGGAGUUCUUUCACAGAGAAAAGAAGACAGAAGAGACGAGGAGGCCACUGGAUUUAUUUCGAAACUGAGAACUAUCGAAGAGCGACCAAAGCCUGAGAGGAAGGUUUUGAAGGAACUGAAUCAGUGAGCACAUGAGGUGACCGUCACCGAGGGGAUUUCUCGACGUUUUACUGGAAUACAGAUUAACGCAGGGAGUUUCAGGUUCACGGCACAAGCCUUCAGAGAGUACACAAUCAUUCUGAAAGGAAAGAGUCUUAACAUGGAGCGAAAACAGACGCUUCUUUUGGGUCUCCUCCUGCUCUUUGGUGGAUCUCAUGGAUGUCAAAUUGGAUUCAAAUCAAAUAAAAGCAUUUGUGUUGAUGAAAACGAGUGUGAGAUGACGCCAAAUAUGUGUGGCAAUAAUGCUAUGUGUAUAAACACAAAUGGAAGUUAUUAUUGCAACUGUGAAAACGGCUUCCGAUCAAAAACUCUCAAUUUCACAGCGACAACGGGACAGUGUGAGGACGAAAAUGAGUGUCUCGGGGUUCAAUCGCCAUGCCCAGAUACACUGAAGUGUAUUAACACCAUUGGCUCUUUCGAGUGUUUGUGUCCAACUGGAUAUGGCAAGAAAACAGACAAGAACAUGGAAUGUGAAGAUGUGGAUGAGUGUGUGUCGUCCGUGUGUGGCGCUCACAGCAGUUGCAUUAACACACCUGGUAGUUUCUCCUGCACUUGUUCUGCGGGCUUUCAAAUAAAGAACUCCAGCGAGCGCUGUGAAGACAUUGAUGAGUGUAAAGCCUCUGCAGAUUUGUGCGGCACACAUGCUACAUGCAACAACAGUCUGGGUAGCUACAGCUGCAGAUGUGACCCUGGUUACAGUAACUAUGGCAACAACCAGUCAAAAUGUUUAGAGAUUAAAUGUGAGCAGUUUAACAGAGAGUCUGGUCUGGAGGCCACGCCUAUGAAGAUGAAGAGUUUGCUGUCCCUGUUGAAGGACGCUUGUAAGACUCUGACUGAUCCAGAUGGAGAUCAUCACAAGGGCGAAGUGUUACUGGAGAAUCUGUUCACCUCCACCAAUGAGCUGCUGUCGGACGGCGACAUUGCUGAUGGAGGGAUGCUGAGUCGCUUUUUAGACGCGGUGGAGAACAGCAUGCGUUUGAUAGGACCCCAGCUCAGAGAGCCGCUUACCCGGAUGGAGACGCACAGCACCCACGCAGAGGUUGCGGUAAGGCGUGGUCAGUCUCGUCCUAAUGGGAGUGUCAGUCUGAGCACAGACUCCGCCCUCUUCAACACAAGCUGGGAAACAGUCGUAGGGGAAUCGUACCCAGGUUUUGCGUUCGUGGCGCUGGUCAGUUAUAAAGAUCUGAAUUCAUCCGGCGAUUCUUUCAACAAGAUGAGCAGAACGUUACAGGAGGAGAGCGGAGAGAGAAACAUCACUUAUCGACUCAACGCAAAUGUGGUGACAGCUGUAGUCAGUAAUCCAGAAACGACGCACCUGUCUGAGCCCGUAACUCUCGUCUUUAAACACGUGCAGGAGAGGGCGGAGUCUAAGGACAUGACUCACACUUGUGUGUACUGGGAUGAGACGGAGGUGGCGUGGUCUGGGCGGGGCUGUAAGAAGGCGUGGACUAACAGCACUCACACAGCAUGUUCCUGCACUCACCUGAGCAGCUUCGCUGUACUCAUGGCUCUCUACCCUGUGAAGGACACGUUCGGGUUGGUGAUGAUCACUCGCGUGGGCUUGAUUCUGUCUCUGGUCUGUUUGCUUCUGUGUAUUCUGACCUUCCGCUUCUGCCGCUCCAUACAAGGAACACGCAACAGCAUCCACCUCCAUCUGAGCGUGUGUCUCUUCAUCGCCGACCUCGUCUUCCUCUGCGGCAUCUCCAGCACCCACAACAGGGUAGCUUGUUCUGUCGUCGCCGGGUUGCUGCAUUUCUUCUUCUUGGCGGCGUUCUGCUGGAUGCUGCUGGAGGGAGUGCAGCUGUACCGAAUGGUUGUCCUGGUGUUUCACACCACCAUCAAGCAUCUUUACAUGUACAUGCUGGGAUAUGGAGUCCCUCUCCUCAUCGUCAUUAUCUCGGCCGCAGCUUACCCGCGGGGAUACGGCACAGAUCGACACUGUUGGCUCUCUCUCAAGGAAGAUUUCAUCUGGAGUUUCUUCGCGCCCGUCUGCAUAGUCAUCAUCCUCAAUUGCUUUUUCUUUAUCGUAACGGUCUGGAAACUGGCCGAAAAAUUCUCCAGCCUUAACCCAGAUCUCUCCAAUCUGCACAAGAUCAGGAGUUUUACAGUGGCCGCCGUGGCUCAGUUGUGUGUUCUCGGAGGCAUGUGGAUUUUUGGCUGUUUCCUCUUCCAGGAGAAGGGAACUGUGGUUCUGUUGUAUCUCUUCACCAUCCUCAACAGCCUCCAGGGGGCGCUCAUCUUCUUCAUGCACUGCCUUCUGUCUAAAGCGGUAAGAGAGGAAUAUUGCAAUCUGAUUAAUAGGCUCAGGUCACGUAAGGAGAAGAAAUAUUCCGAAUUCAGCAGCAACCAGUCAAGUAACAGUCAGCAACCUCUACGGAGUGAUCAGAACACGGGGGAGUCCAAGAUAUAAAGCACAUCAACAACGGGCCAUGUCGACCUUAUAUCUUACCAAUGAGAAGAUACGUUAAGGUUGCUCUCUUUUUGUGUCUGUUCUGGAAGAAUGUUUUUGACAUAUGUCUGCUGAUGAUUGGCCAAUCGUGUCUUUCAUCUGUUAUUGGAGGCGGAGUUUUAGAUCAGCCCCAUUGCGUCUAAAGGGAACAACUAAACCGUUCCAGGAGAGUUUAGCUGGUCUUUGUAGUGCCUUAAAAAGUAAAAAGGUCUUUCAGGCUAUAUGCAACAGGCAGCUUUCAUUUCCCUUAUAUGGGAAAAUGUCUUUUCGCUUACAAUCUACCUUCUUUUUUUAUGAAGCCUUAUUGUAUUGUAAGUCACAGACCAAAAAUGAUCAUGUGUUCUGCACCUACACGCCACUUUAUGUCUUUAAGCUGUUAGGAGAUUUUACCUCUUUAUGUGGAAAACAGAGGUGAGUGAGAGGUACUCAAAACUUAAGAAAAUAUAUCUGAAGAGAGGCAGUGUUGUUUUUUUUUGCACGCAGUACGUCUGUCACAAAAAGGGUACAUUAAAACCAUCCAUUUUUCAUGCUAUGAAAAAUAAAUAAAAUCAUAAGUUGUCACCAAAUGUAACAGUUUGAAUGUGACUUGGCUAAUAAAUUCUUAUUUUAAUUCUCAUGUGCAAAAAAAAGUGAGACGAACGCAAAACGUACAGACAAACUUUAGUGUUUCCACAAAACAUGUUUUCGUGUCUUAUGGGAAAAGGACAUUUUUAUGCUAUUUUGUACUUGGUUUUUUAUUUCAGUGCAUCGGUUUAUCUGUACUAGUGAAAUAUUUCUGCAUUGCUAAAUCAGUUCAGGUUUGAAACACAUACUGACUGAGGAAAGUAUGUGCAAGUGUUAUUUCUUUUGCAUGGACAGUUUUGGAUGUGAUACUGCCAUGUUUGUCAUUAAAGAGUAAUAAACUGCCAAAAAAAACUGUUGGCUACUUGUUUUUUCCUAUUCUGUAUGUGCACACAAGUGACCUCAUUCAUUACUAUAGUCAAAUACUACUCUGAUGAAAUUACAUGUGACAUCAACAUAUGCUAAAGAAAGAAUA